UACCUACCUUGCCUAAGGCCCCUACGUAGAUAGGUAAAGGUAAUCAGAUAACUCCCACCUAAUUAGGUACCUAAGAUCAGUCAGGUCAGGUUCCCACGUCCUUCCCGUGCCUGUGGCGAGGUGCAGGGUACCUGAGGUACAUCACUGCAAGUACCGAACGUCCACCUGAAGCUCCAUAAUUGGAAACAGCCUGCUCUUCCAUCACAUCCUUCGAGGCCGCCGCGUCUACACGCUACCGAUUCUCUCUCUCCCAAAACAUUGCCUCCACCAGCAUCGUUAGAAUGGACCGCAGCCUCGACGAGAUUGUUGCUGAAUCCCAGCAGCGAAAGCGAGGCUCUAGGCCUCGUCGAGGAGGUCGGACCCCUCGAGAACGCGAGCCGUACCCCCGCGACGGCGUUAGAAAGUCAACCAGAGAUGAUUCAAGGAACUUGGACUCGGAAUGGGUUCACGAUAGAUUCGAUGACUCUAAUUCUCGUGACCGUCCACGACAAGUGAGACGACGACCGUCUCCCGAGCGAGCUCAAGAUGUUCGUGGCACCAAGAUCAAGGUCGAAAAUUUGCACUACGAGCUUACCGAAGAUGAUCUUGACGGAUUGUUCAACAAGAUCGGUCCGGUAACCAAGCUUGAACUGUUGUAUGACCGCGCCGGACGUUCGGAAGGCGUAGCAUUUGUCACGUACGGGGUUCGCGAGGAUGCCCUAGAGGCAGUCAAGCAAUACGACGGUGCCAAUGCGAAAGGCCAACCUAUCCGGAUGACAAUCGUGGCUUCGGCACCCCGACGAAAUCCGUUCGAUACGGCACAUAUGCCUAGUCGACCGCUAGCCGAGCGCAUUACUCGACCGCGUUCCCUCUCGCCUAGACGACGCCCCGAUAAUGACAGAGGCAUUGACCGCUACGUCCCAGGAAUUCGCAGUCGAUCGCGUAGUCCCCGCCGCCGUGGCGGACGACGACCCGGGAUUCGACGUGAGGGAGAUGCACCGAAUGGGCGAGAGAAGGUCAGCCGCGAUGGACGACCUAAAAAGACCCAAGAGGAACUCGACGCUGAGAUGGCAGAUUACUUUAACCCGGGAGGACCUAAUGACCCGGUCCCCGGCCCGGUAGCGGCGGCGGCGGGCAAUGCCGAUGCUCCGGUCGGUGGUGACGUGGAUAUGAUUGAGUAACCAUCUUGUGUCGAUAGUUUCGAAUCCACUGGUAUAGCAUGGGGUUGGCGUAUAACGACUUGUAUAACCCGGAAUGAAUAAAAUUGACCUUGUUUCCGAGUUUGUGGCUCGAGGUUUGCUAGAGCAAUCUCAGACCUCUCGUGUUGAAAAAUGUGCCAACUACCCCUUU